AUGGAUGUAAAGAAGAAAUUAGUAAAGAAAGCUACGAAAUUAAUCAAUACUGAAAAUGCUAUCGGUGGUACCACACGCUUUGAAAAUUUUCCAAGUGAGAAGAUUCAUUUCACGUUUUUAUGGGGUACACACUUAAAUGACGAGGAAUUUCAAUGGAUUUUCCAAUUGUUUGUAGUUAAUAUGCGUGCAAUGUAUGAGAUCUCUCAAUGGGGAUACGACGAAGCAAGCAAAAAACAGGAAUUUCAAGCGACUACAUCAAGAUAUAUUAUCGCAAGGAAUGAAACUAAUAAACCGAUCGCUUAUUUGCAUUAUCGUUUUGAUAUUGAUUUCGAUUCAGCUGUAUUAUAUUGUUAUGAGAUACAGGUAGAAAGCGAAUAUCAAGUUAAAGGUAUUGGAUCGACUCUUUUAUCCAUUGCCGAAUGUAUUGGAAAGAAGAUGUCAAUGGACAAAUUGAUGGCUACAGUGUUUGCAUUUAAUGGAAAUUCGCUUGCAUUCUUUCACAAGAAUGGCUUUAGUGUUGAUUCAUCAUGUCCAGACUCUGGUGAUUAUCUGAUUUUAUCAAAAUCGUUAUCUGAAUGA